CUCUUGUCCUGAGAAUGCGCAAGGCUGUCCACGAAAGCUCAGAGCCGCUCAUUUCAGAAAAUCAACCCAGCGAGGCUCGGUCAAACCAUACGCCGGAACAAAGUGCCCGAAACCUGCCCGCCGGAAUUGACAACGAAUUGUUGCAGAGCAUAGCAUUGUACGGUCGGCUGGCCAAGGAUACGCGGACAAACAACAACUCGAACAAUAACAGCAAGCGACAGUACUCUGGGAAUUCCCCGCAGUCGAGAAGCAAAAGUCCUCGCCUGGAUCAAAGUCCUAGAGCGGAUUACAAUAAGGAGAGUGAGGGUCAGCUGGGAGUUUUGGAGCUGGCAGCGCUACAACGACAGGCAAUGCAACUUGCCUUCUUACAACAGUCCACCUUCAAAAAUCAGGACAAGUCAGAUCUUCCUUCUAGCCCAGAAGAGGACGGUAACAACAUGUCCGUUGCGGCUGGCUAUAAAAAUCCCAUGGCGGUUGCCAUGGCAGCAGGGGUCCUCCCAGCUACGUCAUCAGCGCAACAGAUGCAGCAGUUGCUUUCCCAGCAAGUAUUAUCCCCGCAGCAUCUGCAAGCUAUAAUGCAACAACAAGCCUACUCAGCCCAGCACCACCAGGCGCAGAUCCACGAAUUUUACCGGCAACAGCAAAAACAAGUCCAGGACUUUCAAAUCCAGCUGGCCGCCGCCAAGCAGCAGCAAAAAGGCGAGGUGAAUGACGUCACGAGUCACCAUAGCAACGGCGCAAAGCUGAGCAACGAGCAACAACUUCAACAGCAUCUUGCGCUACAGCAACUGGUUCAUCUCCAGCAAAUGCAGCAGCAACAGCAACAAGCAGCAGCAGCGGCAUUACAGCAACAUGGCCUAGCAACCGCUGUAGCAAUGGCCCAAGGCCGCCAUGGCAACGGGAACCAAGCAGACAUGUCACCAAGCGACAUUCAGCAGCUUAUAUUAAAGCACGUUGCUGAAACCGCCACCCCGAAGAAAGAAACACCUAUGACGUCACAAAUGCAGUCGGACAAGCCGAUUUCCUCCAUCCGGUCACGUGAUCACUCAUUUAACGGGGAAACACCGAAUAUGAGAAGAAUCUCUAGCUCGAAGUCACCCAGAGAAAAUUCCCCGGACCCCCCACCAGCGCCCCAACCCCUAUUUGCUCAUGGGGUUUGCAAGUGGCCUGGGUGUGACGUUGAAUGCCCGGACAUACACACCUUUCACCGUCAUCUCAAUCGUUCCCAUAGUCUGGACGACAAAAGUACAGCUCAGUGCCGUGUGCAAAUGCAGGUCGUGGAGCAAUUGGAAAAGCAGCUCAACCAGGAGCGUGAACGAUUGGAUGCAAUGACUCAACACCUCAGCGGGAAAGAACAAAAGUCUGAGACACGUGACGAACGAGUUGCCAUGGAUACUACAGGAAUGACCAAUGGAAAAGCGGAACCUUUGGAAAUGCGCCAUCAGUCACUACCGGGUCCCAACAACAACAACAACAGUCAUCACGGGAUGGCGCUCGCACCCUUUCCCGCCCACCCAGUGACGUCACGCACCCCUAGUACCAUCAGCCUCCCAUCGAGCCCCAUCUCGGCCCCCCAUUUAGGUGCUUUCCCUUCGACCCUAUUUCCUCCAGCGACGUCUGUCCCAUCUUCCCCACCUCUGUUCAACUAUUCGACGAACAGUAUGGCGUCGGGAUCACGUGACGCAAUGUCCCAAGCCUCGAAACGACGUCACUCGGCUGCUGUGCCCAUAUCGACAGAUCUCUCCCAGAAUCAGGAGUUCUACAGAAACGCUGACGUCAGACCCCCCUUCACCUACGCCUCACUGAUACGACAGGCUGUUUUGGAGGCGCCCGACCACCAGAUGACGCUAAACGAGAUCUACAACUGGUUUCAGAAAAAGUUCGCUUAUUUUAGAAGAAAUGCCCCAACAUGGAAGAACGCUGUGAGACACAAUUUGAGUCUGCACAAGUGCUUUGUGCGCGUUGAGAACGUAAAAGGAGCGGUCUGGACCGUCGAUGAGAACGAAUACCAGAAGAGGAGACCCCAGAAGUUCUCCGGGAGUCCAGCAAUUCGCAACCGUAUCGAAACUCCGUCAUCUGCUAGUUUCUAUAGCAACCCAGCAAUGAACCUUGCAACCAUGCAGAUGGCUCUAGGUGAAAACCCUUUCAACCAAGCACAGCUUGUAAGUCAAGCAGCAAUGUUUGGUGGAACCCCUAGCCCUUACGGAGCUUUUACCCAGCGGGUUCACACUUGGCCACAGUAUGUCUGCUGAUCCAUCGAUAUCAAUGGACCAGGAAAACCAGAAUAUGUCUGGAGCCAGGAUCACUAGUAUCUCCCCAACAUCGAGUAAUCACAGCCUCAAAGAUGAUAACAGAGAAUACGUGUCGCAGUUCAAAGGCACCGGAAAGCUGGACAACCAGUCAGAACCGGUUCCAUCCAGUCACUCCAUGGAGAAUCCUUACCACUCGCCCAGACCGAACAAAAUGGAGACCAACGAAUCAAACCAGUACAGGGGAAGUCCCGUGCGAUCACGUGACGACGACGCAGAAGCCAGCGGUGGCUCCAUGCUCUCUGACGCCUCCGCCGGCGAGGACACCGACAAGCCGAUGAACCUGCAGAACCUCACAAACGGGGACUCGCCGUCCCUCCAACAGAGACCGGGCAUGCUUUCGGCCAGAGGCUCAUUCACCAUGCUGCACGAUCAGUCAGCAGCCGAAUAGACAUUUUAGACAAUCGUUUUCCCUUCGGGACAAUGUCGCGUACAUAGUAGCCGGAAUUUAUCCAAGACCCGACCGCGCAAUCCCAGUUAGCGAACACAUUACCCUAAAAAUUCGAAGCCAACACAGUUCACAAGGGUGCUUCCCAAAAUGCCGUUCAAGUGACCCUAUAUACGUAUGUUCCACGCCAUGCGGCGGUGCUCCCUGCAAUAAUAGUGUGGUGCUGUAGCCAAGUAGUAGACCCACAAACCUAGUUGAUUUCUGUCGUGUUUUCAGUUGUUUCGUGCUCACCCCGCAGUAUGAGGGGACUUUUGUGCUUGUUUGCGUUUUUCGGUGCGCAGAUUUCAAGGUGCCUGCCGCCAUGGUAUCACCACGGAAGUUUUACCAGGAUGUGUACUAACAUAACACGACACAAAACAAAAA